AUGGCUUCUAUCCUCAAGAAAAUCAUCCGCAAUGAUGCCAUGAAAGAAGAUCCCGUCGAGAUCUAUGGAUGGAGAGCUUUCGUCUUGACCUUGACAGCAUGCAUGUCCGGUAUGCUUUUUGGCAUGGACACUGGUAUCAUUGGCGGCGUCAUCGUUCUGCCUGCUUUCACCAAGAAGUAUCACUUUGAUGGCCUCAGCAAAAACGAUGCCGCAACACUCUCGGCCAACAUCGUCUCCUUCCUACAGCUUGGUUGCACCUUCGGUGCUUUGGUGGCGUAUCCUUUCGCCGACAAAUACGGGCGCCGUGCUUCCUUGAUCGUCUCUGCCUUCAUUGGCCUGGUGGGGAUUGUGAUGCAAUUUGCAGCCUCGGGCUACCUUGGGUGCAUGUAUACAGCUCGGCUCAUUGCUGGCCUCGGGGCAGGAGCGUGCUCUAUGAUUGCUCCUCUCUAUGUCUCAGAAAAUGCUCCUCGGGCCCUUCGCGGGGCACUUACUGGAACCUUUCAGUUCUUCAACACCUUUGGCGUCAUGAUUGCAUUUUGGAUUGACUAUGGUGCCGAACUCCACCUUACCGGAUCGGCCUCCUACAUGGUGCCUCUUGCAAUGCAAGGAAUACCAGCAGUCCUCUUGAUCAUUGGGAUGUUUUUCAUGAAUGAAUCCCCUCGGUUUCUUGCCAAGCAGGAUGAAUGGGAGAAGGCCAGAAAGGUCCUGUCUUUGGUCCGCAACCUCCCCGAGGACCAUCCCUACCUGCAGAGCGAAUUUAGAGACAUCGCUACACAGCUGGAGCGGGAGCGGCUCCUGAUUAACGGUUCUGGGUGGCGAGCUCUACAACGCGAAAUGUGGACCAUUCCAGGCAACCGGAAGCGAGCAUUGAUCAGCUUUAUACUCAUGAUGUUCCAAAAUCUGACUGGUUCCAACGCAAUUAACUAUUAUGCACCGACCAUCUUCAAAAACGUUGGAAUCACUGGGACUUCGGUCAGCCUCCUAGCAACCGGCAUCUAUGGCAUUGUGAAGAUGACCUCGUGUGCGACCUAUCUGAUAUUUUUUGCUGAUUCGCUUGGGCGACGACGAUCGCUUCUCUGGACAGCUAUUGCAAUUGCUUGUGAUAUGAUGUACAUUGGGCUUUACGUUCGCAUCUCGCCACCCAAAGCUGGUGUGCCAAUUUCCGGUGCCGGAUAUUUUGCCCUUGUGUGCAUUUACUUGUUUGCGGUGUUCUUCCAAAUGGGUUGGGGGGCGACACCCUGGAUCUACGCUUCAGAAAUCCCUAGCGCGCGAUUGCGUUCCAUGAACGUAUCCAUUGCAGCUUCCUCCCAGUGGCUGUGGAAUUUUGUUGUUGCAAGAGCUGUGCCAAACAUGUUGGUGAACAUGGGAAGUAAUGGAUAUGGAACAUAUAUUUUCUUCAGCGUUUGCUGCGCCUGUUCGUUUGUGUUCGUAUGGUUCUUUGUUCCCGACACCAAGGGAUUGUCGCUGGAACAGAUGGACGACUUGUUCGGAGUCACCGAGCUCGUGCAACAGAAAGUCGGAGGCGAACUCGCUAUUGCGCACGAUCCAGAGACAAAAGACGCUCAAGGGGUUGAGACACUGGUAGAGAAUGUUGGCAAGGUGUAA